GGCAGCAGAACGGGAGGUCUCCAAAGGCAACAAAUAGAGCUCUUAAACUUCGCAGGAGGAAGAGGAGCUCAAUGAAUUCUGUAGGAGAGGGAGCGAGCCGUUGAAGUUCUGCACGAAGAAGAUACUGUGGCUAAGAGAAAAAUCCUGCACGAAGCGGCGAAGCGAUCCCUCUAAUCCUGCGGGGGUGGGGGGAGAAUCGGAAUUAGUUUAUUAUUCUCACAUGUACCAAGAGUACCAAUCUGAAGAAUCUGCUUCUAACACACUGAAAUCAUGAGUCGUAAACUCACCAAGGAAGAGAUAGAAGAACAGUUUGAACAAUUCUUAAAAGAGUCUGUUUCAGAUGAUUCUGUUGAUUUAGGAAAUUCACCAAAAUCCAGUGUUCUGAGUUCACUGGGGCAGCAUAAUAGGAAGGAAACCGAAAAAGAUGCAAAGUUGUGGUGGAUUAAUGAUGAUGAUUCUGAUGAGGGGCCACCCCCUCUGAGGAGGUUUAUCAAACUGAAAAGACAGCCGGCUGUAACUGAUGCUGGCAUAGAAACUAUGAAGAAAGAAAUUGGUGAAGAGCAUGAUGGAAAUGUACAAUCACAAAGCCCAGAGAUGCUGCCAACCAAUCAGAGCUUUCUCAAAUCUCAGAGAUUCCCAGGGUCAAUUCCAGAGGUUGAAGAAGAGCAACAAGAGGAGAAGAAGGCUUUAGUUCAGGGUGAUGAGAGGACUUCUGUAUCCAUCAGCAGAGACAGUUUGGAACCAAAUGACUCCGUUAUGGCAUCAGGCCCUGCACAAAACACUCUUGGAGCUGGACUGGAUACACUCGAAGAAGAAGAGGAGAAAGAACAGUUUUUUGCUAACCUUGAGAAGGGAGCUUCCUCUACAAUUGACUAUUCCAGACUAAACAAAGAGCUUGAAUCAACAGGUUCAACACCUAUAAAUGCUUUGAAUCAGAAAGAAGAUGAGUUUGCAGCAUUAGAGGAUGAGGAAACAAGGGAGGAUGAAUCUCCAAGACCUAAAAGCGUCACAGCUUCAAAACACUACAGUGAAGAUUUUGAAGAGGAUUCUGAUAAGUUUGGAGGUGAAGAAUUUGAUUCAAAUGACAAUAUAAUGAAAACUGAAUGUAUUCUAGAAAGCACUGAAGAUGCCAGAGAGGCCAAAGAACAGGAAGCAAAGCCAGGCAUGCUAGCAAAAGUUGUGCUGCUAGAUUCAUUAGAUUCAACACUGGAUACACAGAAGUUAUUACAAUCUGGGGAUGACAAAUCUAUGGAAAAAAAUUCAACAGAUGAAAAAAAUGGACAAGACACAGCAUCCCAAAUGAAUGCCACUGCUAUUUCCUAUGGGCAAACUAACAGUGAUAUUGAGGCCUUGCAUCAAGAAUAUCGUAAAAUUGAUCAGUCUUUGGGAAGUACAGGUGUAGGACAUGAGUCAUUAAAUGGAAAAGACACUAACUUUGCUCUAGAUCUUCAGAGCCACGUUGGGGACUCGGCAAAGAAUAUUUCUACAGCUGAAUCUGAUUUGCCUACAGUGGAAGAACUAAUGAAACCUAUCAAAGGGGAAGCUCCAUUUCCAAGAGGAUUUGACUUGCAUUCAGUAAGUACAAAUGAAGUUGCAGAAAUGUCCAGUAAACCGAUGUUGAAGGAUUCCAACAGUCCAGGUCUUUUUCAAUCACAGUUUAAUAAUUUAUGUGAAAUACCCAACACGUACAAAGAAUUAUCUGAGAGAUCAAUGAAGGAAAAUGCAAACCACAUGAGUACAAUUUCUGAUGAUGCUGUGGAAGCCUUAAUUAAUGACAUUAAAUUCAAUUCUGCAAUCAAACACAGUCUCAUAGCUUCCACUUCACAAGUUGUUUCUCACCGAGAUGAUCAGAUUUCUGCCAAGACCAAAAGCCCUAAGGUAAGAAACAAGAAGCACUUUGGUGGAAACUAUGCAUCUGUCAAAAGUUCAGGAUAUGGCAAAGUUGGUCCAAUAAAGAAAGAUCCGCUUGGUGCUGGUGAAAAACAAGCCCAUUUGUCUCCUACAAAACAAACUGUGCCAAUUAAGGGUGUUAAAGCCAGAUCCCCAUCUGACCAUACAAAAGGCAAACCAAAAGGACAGUUACUUACCACACAGACAAUCAGAUCAGAAAAACGAAAAUCUGCUGAAAAUAACUUUGAAAAUGCAUUGUUUACCUCAGUGCAGUCAUUCACAGCACAGCUUCAGCAACAGGCGAACAGUAGGCCAAAUCAUGCAAAAUCACUCAGUGGCCAUGCACCAGAACAGUUAAUUACAAGAGAUGAUGAAGAGAUUUCAAAAGGAAAUAGAUGGAGUUUGCCAGAGCCCAGUAAUGUAUGUAGGGAGCUUGUCCUACUACAAAAACUAGAAGAAGCACAUGAGAAAUGGAAUGCCGAGCACAGCCUGGUUGAGAAGUUGAAAGAAAAGCUGGAAAUGAAAGAAGAGGAACUUGUUGGCAAGAAUGAAGAACUGAAGAAACUUCCUCAACUGAAUGAGGAAAUUUAUAUGCUUCAAGCAAAGCUGUGCAGCUUGGAAACGAGCAAGAAAAAAUUAAUAAUUGGAGGUAUAUUGGAUCCUGUGACUGAAGAAAAACUCAAGUUAAUUGAAAAAGAAGUUCAGGAACAAGAAACUAUUAUUCAAGGCUACCAUCAGGAAAAUGAAAGACUUUACACACAAGUGAAAGAGCUUCAGAUGGCUAAUAAAAAAAAUGAAGAGAAAAUGUUCACAGAAUCCCGCCACUUAAUGACCGAAAUUCGACAACUAAAGGAACAGUUGAAGAAGAAUAAUAUGAAGCAAGCAUCAAUCCAUGAUAUGCAGUCAUCUGAGCAAAUUAAAAAUCAGAAUAUUGCCGACUUGCUUUCACAGUUGAAAGUAUCACAGAAAGAAGAGGUUAAGCAUACAGAAGAGAUUAAGAAACUUAAACAGGAAAAGCAAGCAUUAGAGGUGGACCUGGAAAAAAUGAAGAAAGAAUGUAAUACGGCUAAAGAACAACUUACUAAUACCUCAGGUGAUAAAGAUUUUGAAAUGAAAAUCAUGGAAGAACAAUAUAAGCAAGAAAUCCUUCGUCUCAACAAAAGGUUGCAGUGGUAUGCUGAAAACCAGGAGAUGCUGGAUAAGGAUGCAGCACGGCUUAAAGCAGCAAAUGUAGAGAUUGAGAAGCUAAAGGAACAGAUACAAAAGCUUGCAGCUGAUUCCAAAGUCAGAAAUUCACCUCCUGAGAAACGUGCAAAGGGGAGAGCACUUGAAGCCAAGCGAAUUCAGGACCUUGAGCGACAAGUGAAAGAAAUGGAAGAAAUAAUUCGGAGACGCUAUCCAAAUUCCUUGCCUGCCCUUAUUUAUGCAGCAGCUUCUAUACCUGAUACAUCAUCUGAAACAGAAGGCAAACUCCAUUCUAGAGUUUUUCUAGAAAAUAGAAUAAAGAAGUUGGAAGCUGAUCUAGAGGGAAAAGAUGAAGAAGCAAAGAAGUGUUUAAGAGCAAUGGAACAACAGUUUCAAAAAGUAAAGAUUCAGUAUGAACAGAGAGUCUCAGAACUUGAAAAACUUCUAACGCACAAGCUAAUUAAUGAAAAGGAAAUAUUAGAUGAUCCUGAUCCAAAAAUGAAGAUACUUGAAGAGGAAAUUUUCAAAUUGAAAGAGGCCCAUAAAUCCAAAGAAAAUCGUCUCAGAGGUGACAUUGAAAAGCUGAAAAAUCAGCUUUAUCAGGCAGAAUUAAAGCUUAUGGAAAGAGAAGAAAGCUCCCUUAGAAUGGUUGACCAACAUAUGCAGAAUACAUUUCAACAAGCUAAGAUUGAAAAACUUAAUUUAGAACUAGCUGCUAAAAACCGAGAAAUACAAGAGCUUUCAAAGACCUUAGAGCGCCUUCAAACAGAGAGAAGAGUGCUCCUUAAUAAUAAAGUGCCUGCUGAUAAACAUGAUGCACGACAGAAGUCCACCAAGAAGUCCAAGAAGAGCAAAGAGUCCACUGUAUCUUUCCCAGCAACUUUCGAUGAAAAAGCUUAUCAGCCAAAUGACUUUUCUGGUUCUCAUAUAUCAGAGGUUCUUAAAGAAAAUGACAUGUUGAAGAACAACAUAGAAAGAUUGUCACUGGAAAUGGAUCAGCAACGAGUAAAAUUAGCCCAGUUUGAAAAUGAAGCAAGGAGAGCACAGGAUGUUGUAUCUGAGCAUGUUGCAGCAUUAAAAGCAUCUCAUCAACAAGAAAUAGAACAGAUAUUGACUCAGCAUGCAUUGGAACACUCCUCCUCCAAAGUGGCUGAGUUGGCAAAUAAAAUUACUGCUCAAGAGGUUAUGAUGAAGCACCUUCGAGAACAGAUUAAUGAGCUGCAGAAAGAUCAUGAGGCACUUUCUUUAGCAAAGCUUCGUGAAGAAACACUGCAGACUCAGAUGGCCAAGCUCUUAGAAGAACUAAGGGAAGCCAAGGAGAAUCACAGUCCAGAGAUGAGACACUUCGUGGCACUGGAAAGGAAGAUUCAGAAGAUGGAGCUCAAGUAUGCUCAGAGGGAGCAAGAAUUCCAGCAGCUAAUUCAGAAAGCUCGGCACUCUGCUGACGCAGAACAACUUCAAGAGGUCGAGAAGUGGAAGAAGCUGGCACAGUUGAAAAAUCAUGAACUGGAAAAUUUCAGAACUGAACUUGACUCCAUAUUGGAUGUUCUCCGUGAGCUGCAGAGACAGGGGGUUGUUAUUCCAGCUCCUGGUUCCUUGAGGCAAAAUAUCUCAAUGUUUACUAGGCAACUGUAAUACUAUAAAAAUGAUUUGCUUUUACUAUGUUAUAGAAUCUCUUGCUGGAAUGUGUAUACAGACAUGCAACCUGUAAGGCUGUGCCAUCUUGAUACCCAUUCACAAAACCUUCGUACGUGUAUUUCCAAAGGUCAUAAACUGGAUGAAAUGUUUGAUAGCUGAUUUGACUGUUUAGCCUCCUUCAGUUAAAGUCAAUAGGUUCUACCUAUUAAGAAAAUCUUACCAGAGUACAUCUAAUUUCCUUAUAAAAAUCUGAUACUUUGACAUUUAUCUGAAGGUCUUUUGCCAUAUUCAUGCAUUUAUUUUGAACAGAUUAAUAUUUCUGUAAAAAAAAAAAUGGCAUGUUUUGGCAGUAUCCCAUGGUCUGAUUUCAGACUCAGUAUGUGGAAAAUUUUAUAUAUGCGUACAACAAUAGUGAAUUUGAAGCAGUGGUGAUCCUCAUGACAGUUUUUGUAAUAUAUGACACAUUAAGAACAAAGGACAUCUUCAAAUACUUCUUAAAAACGGGCAAUGUCCAAUAAAAAUGAGCCAAACACACUACGCGUAGAGAUCAGGGUUGUUGAAUAUCUAUUUGCCUACUUACACUUGUACAUAUUAUUAUUUGGUAUGUUCCUUGAAUGUAAACUGUGGUAAUGUAUCUUUCAAAAUCAGCUUAUGUAAAUUUUUUGGUAUUGUAUGACAAAUUAGAGAUUAAGUACAUUUUGGCCAUGCCAAAAUAAAUCAUACUAGUUUUGACAUCAAAAUA